AUGAAGAUCCUUAUGACUUUGCACCAAUGGAAACGACCCAGAAACAUCCGCAAACGGUUCCUUCGCCGCCUCAAACUGAGUGAGAAGAAACAACUUACUCAAAAUAUUCCAACUGAACCUGCUGGUCGCAUUCGCCGGUCUUUGGAAAAGCUGGUCUAUGUACCAAAUAUCGAGUCUGCAUCCCAACCUCCUACUUAUGAUGAGUGUGUUGAGUACGCUCCUCCACUACAUCCACCGCCAGCCACUGAGAAGACGGUCGCAGAUACGUCAGUCGGAGAGCAGAUGGCCGGAGCGAAUGAAAGAGGUCGUCCACGUGAAUUACUUUACAAGCUGCAACUAAAUGAUAUUAUGCUGCGCCGGCCCCGGCGGCCAUCGCCUGAGGCCCGGAAACCAAUGAAACCUGCUGAUAUUGACUAUACUAAUUACCGGGAGCUUAUCUACUGGCAGUCGCGGGCGACUGCUUGGGUCUUGGGUUUUGAGGCUAUCAGAUGGGCCACAUUGAUAUGGUUGAUGUUUACAUGCUUAAUGCUGGCUAUAGCAUAG